UACAUAAUGUUAUUUCUUAAAUUCUUAUAAAAACAAACUGACAGCUAACAAGUAAUGAAGUAACAGAUGACAAUUAUAUGAAUUAUAAUGUUUGGUUAUUAUUAAAUAAUAAUGAUUAAAAUAUAAAGAUAAUUUAUAUUAUACAUGUGACAAUAAGAACCAUAAAGAAACUAAAUAUAGAAGGAAAAUAAGAUUGUUGAUAUAAAUAUUAAUAAACCAGUACUGUUGAGGACCCUGAAGAGUUGCAAACACUGCUUUUACAACCUGAGAAGUUUCUUAGUAAAAAUUGACCAAAUGGUUAUGGCAACGGAAAUUGUGGACGCCGAGCCGUCCAAAUAUGAGAUGGCGAUCGAUCCGAGCUGUCUUCACGAACGGCUCGUGGAACACGUGAGAGCGGUCAGCGGCGAGCCUAACAGUCAAACCGGCGUUUGGGGCGAACACUCUUACGCGCGGCCCAGAGGCGUCGCCCCCGACCCGCUGAUACGAACGCUGCUCGCGCCGCGGCCUUCCUCGCCCGACGAAGGAGACGUCUUGGAUGUCGAGGGAAGUCCGCCCUCACCCCCCGGACUGCCCUUGGACGUGGAUGACUCACGAGACUCUGAACAGGACGACCACGACGGGGACGACGAGGACUGGGAGAAACGAGUGGCGGCGCUCGCGCCCACGGCGGGGCACGCGCGGCUCGCGCGAGAUGCGGCCGUCGCGCUCCGGGGGCUGCGACUGGAGCGGCUUGCGGGCCGGGGAGGACGGUGGGACAGGACGGAUGGGGCGCGGGCCGCAGCCAGGAGACUGAGACGAGCGCUCGCCUCGCACUGGACGAGCGGCGCCGCGGCCUGGCUCCAUUCCACGAUGACCACGAGUCUGCCUCGGUCGCUGAGGGCCCACUACGACGAGGUGCUGGCGGAGCUGUGGCGGACGGUGCCUCGCCUCGCCGAGCGCCUGGCCGCACCCCGACCCCUCGUAAUCCAAAACGACCCUCUCGCCGUCGUCGGAGAGAGGCGGCCGGCGAGCGAGCCCGGCCUGUGGCUAGCGUGGGCGCCGAGCGGCAGCGAGACGGAGGAUGCGCGCUGGGUGAGGCGCCUCGGGGCCUUGAUCCACGUGCGGGAGCUGGUCCCAGCCGCGCCGCACACGCCGGGCCUCGCCCCGGACCGGUGGUGCGCGACCCUGGCGCACGAGGCGCGAACCGCCCUCACCGAGCUGCUCUCGGAGGCCGGACGGAGGCCCGUGUUGCUGGGCGGGGCGGGCGCUGGCGCGGCUCGGGUCGUGGCUGCGACGGGCGGGGCCGGCGCUCGUGUUCGCGGACUGGUCCUGCUGGCUCCGCCCUUGCUGACGGCCGAGGGUCCCCGAGACGCGGCGGAGGAGCCCGCGGACGAGCCGGACCUGCCCCUGCUGUGCGUCUCGGGGUCGGCGGGGGCGUCGUGCUGGCGGAGCGCGGCGGCCGAGUUGUGUCGCGGCGCUCCGCGGGCGCGUGUCGCCGGGUGCUGGUGGUGUCGGGGGCGGACGACCGUCUCCGGCUGCCUCGCGCGUGUCGCCGUCGUCUCGGAGUGCCGCAGGAGGCGCUGGACGCGGCCGUGUCGGAGGAGUGCGCGCGGUGGUCGCUGGACGUGGCGGAAUCGUCGCCGAAGGAGCGCUCCAGACGGAAGGUCGGCGAGGAGCACCGAGGAACACAGUCAAGCCGCUCCAUCGAGAUAGUCGAGGGUCGCGUGGUGCAGCGCGGGACCGGAGGCGUGGCUCUGGAGCUGCAGCCGCCGCGCCGCGCCAAGAGGUCGGAGAGGUCCGAGCAGGCGGGUGCGGAGGCGGGCGGCGAGGAGUCGCUGGCGGCAGCCGACA